AUACAAAAUGGCGGACAACACAUAGCCCUUGUAUGCUGUGGCAAACUUUUGUCAAUUAUUCCUAGAGUCAAGUUUUUAUUCUCGCGAAUGUACCCCGAAGGAAUAAUAAAUUAGUUCAAGAGGUAAAAGUAGCACUGAGAAAGCAAUCGAUCCCAACACAACGAUGGAAACUACUUCUGAUCAUGAAGUGACGAACGAAAUGACACCUAGGGCCGACAGCGAAGCACAGCACACUGAAAGUCGCACUGCUGUGGAAUCGGAAACCAAUGGACAGCAGGUUAAUCCUGCUAAAGAUACGAGCUUAGAAGAAGAAGAACCAGAAGAUCAGGAGACAAAUGAAUUUGAAGAAAUGAUAGCUGAUGGCUUAUCACAGCUGGGAAGGUCUGCUGAUGGAACACUUCAAGUUUACCUUCAUCUGUUUUUACCGGGAUGUGGACUCACAGACAUAACCUGCUUACAAGAGUAUAUCCAUUUACAGAAUGUUGUUCUUUCACACAAUUCACUAACAGAUUUGAGUCCAUUGGGUUGCAUGCCUUACCUGGUAUUCCUUGAUGUUUCUCAUAAUGAGCUCACUACUGUUUUAGACUUCAAGCCUCCACUUGGUCUGAGGGAUGUAAUUAUGUCACAUAACAAGAUAGAAGUUCUUCCAGAUUUGUCUGCUCAUCACUGUCUUACAAGACUAACACUGGACUACAACAGCAUAUCAGAGAUCCAGGGAUUAUCAAGUUGUCACCGUUUGACUCACUUGAGUCUGAUGAACAACAACAUAUCCAGAAUUGCUAAUCUGGACAACCUGCCCCUCAAAUCACUUGAUUUGAGUAACAACAACAUAAAGAAAAUUGAAAACCUGGAAACUCUCAAAUAUCUUGAGAAAAUCAAUUUAUCCAGGAACAGUAUUCGCAGCAUGAAAGGUCUCCAGAAUCACAAUUUACUUCAAGAAAUUGACCUUGAAGAAAAUCAGGUGAUUGAUAUUGCCGAAGUGCGAUACAUCAGAGAACUAAAUUUAUUACGGAAUCUGAACUUGCUUGGAAAUCCAAUCCAAGGGAUGCCAGACUACAGACUGUCUUUACUAUUCAGAAUACAAACUCUUACUGAACUGGAUCGAUCCAAAGUGUCACUUGAGGAAAAGGUUGCAUCUGUGAAUAUGUUUAACCCCCCUCCAGAGGUCAUUGCAGCACGUGAUCACAUGUUCCACGUGACAAAGUCUCUUCUCCAGCCGACAAGAAUUCAUGACAGCACCCUGCCAAGUGUGGACACGCCCUAUCCGAUGCUGAUCCUGUGUGGACCCCCCGGAUCAGGAAAAAGAUAUUUGGCACGAAGAUUAUGUCAAGAGUUCCCUGACUUCUUUGGCUUCGGUGUAUGUCAUACCACAAGAUUGCCGCGGAAGAAGGAAGAAAAUCUCGAGGACUACUGUUUUGUCACUCAAGAACAAUUUGAACAAGGAGUUGUAAUGGGUAAAUUCCUACAAACGUGCCAACUGGCGGGGAACUGGUACGGUGUCACACGAGAGGCCGUGGAGAGUGUGGCCCGUGAGGGACUUGCUGCAGUGUUUUACAUGGACUUAGAGGGAGUUUUGAGUUUCAAGAACACUUAUUUUGAGCCCAGAUAUGUUUUAGUGCUUCCUGUAUCAAGAGAGAUUCACGAAGCACGCCUUCGGGAGCGAGGUGAUUACCCAGAACCUUUGCUGCUGCAGUCGUUGGAGCGAGCUACCUUAUGCCUGGAACACAACAGAAAAAAUCCCGGCUUCUUUGACAUGGCUAUCAACAGCGAAGAUCUUAGUGACGCUUACAAGCGACUUAAACUUCUUGUUAUGGAAUACCUUGGCAUGUCACCACCAUCCACAGUGCAGUCUGAAUUGUUCAGCGAAAGCAUGACGUCCGUUGAAACCAGCCAAACAGAGGACACUGUAAACCAUGGGGCCAAAUCAGGUACCAGUCAAACGACAAGUGUCACGGUCAACAUGGCGGCGAGGACCUGGUCACGACGGUCUGACUCGUCGACUAUUCCUCCCAAAGGAGUUAAAUUAAUAAAGCAAAAGACACCAGUGGAAAUUCUUUCGUUAGAGCGUCGCCAGAAACAGAUAAAAGCAGCUGUAGCAGGAAUUCAUCAGAUAUCACUGGAACAGUUCAUGAUGGGCACAAGGCAAGCAGUUUCGGCUACUUUCCAGCCCUCUUCAACGCAGUAUUCUCCAACGGAUGUCAAACGCCCGAACUCGGUCCCGCUUAAUUUUAACGCUUCGCUUGCUUCUAUGAUGGCCAAUGCGAGCAGCCAAAACGAGGCAAGAGAUGGAGGCCUGGAAUCGAACAUCUCUGAGUCUGAUGAGGAGCAGGACGGAACUUCAUCUAUAGUUUCAUCUGCGCGUGCGUAUUCCAACGAUGACGCUCAGUCUCCAAAAGAGUCAGACGAAGAAGAUGAAGACUCAAGAGAUCUGCUUGAUUUUAUUCAAACAGAAACACUUGACUUGCAUGAUACCGGUUCUGUUCCGUUUUCGGGACUUUUUGGCCAAGUUGAAAUCGCCAAUUCUAUUUAAAAUGUGGCCGAUUCUCUCCGGGAAAAAAAGGAAAACGAACCAGGUCAAAGACGCUAUCUCCAAAACUAGAAUUGGAAGAACUUUAAAACGUUUACAUUGUAACAUAGUUAACUUUUUAAGUUCGUUUUCACAGCGUGCUUAAGUAUACACCAAUUCCCUGUCGUUGUUCAUAUUUUUUGGAGAACUUUAGACGCAAUUUUGUGGCCACUUACAAUACAAACACCCUGUCAUCAGCAGAUUCUGAAAAUGGUCUUUGUGAAUUUAAACGAGUCGGUUUGUUUAUAUUUUGUAAAUGAAGUGAAAAUUAAAGGAACAAAAAUUCUA